UGUUGCGACCACAGGACCCGACGGCAGGAUGAAUCCUCAAUGAAAAGCCCAAAAUUACAAAAAUCCAAGACUAGUUUAUUACAAAUCCUCGUAAUCAAGGCAGUUUCCUCAUUAAAAGACCUUCGCCUCCCGACGUGUUAUCGAGUGUAAUGGAUCUGCACGUCUCAGGCUGAGGAAGGAUCGUCUGUCAACUCAGCAAUGGAUUCUCCGGCUCCACUAACAUUUGUCUGAGGUGUCUUCUGAGCCACACACUAUACCAAACAUGAGGCGGAUGUCGUGCUCGGCGGUAGAAGGGCCUCGUGGAGGUCGCUGUGAGACUCGUCUGGUGGAAGUGGAACGGCGCAAGAGAGAGGGGCCCACUUGGGAAGCUUUCAGGUCCCGUAUUUUCUCCUUCGCCAGAUCCCGAACACAGGCCCUGGCAGGUUUUGGCACGCCUGUUCUUGGGGCUCGCAGUCCCGCAACGACUCCUACAAGUCGCAGUCCUUCAAUGAGGAGUCCCGCAAGCACAAGUCCUGCCAACCGAAGUCCUGCCAACCGAAGCCCUGCUAACCGGAGCCCUGCAAACCGAAGUCCUGCAAGUAGGAGUCCGUCGUCAAGAAGCCCAGCAAGUCGAAGUCCGGCUCGUUCUCCGUCGCGCAGUUCAUUGGUGAGAACCCCAGCCCAGUCCCCCGUUACCCCCAUGCAUCGUUCCCCGAGUAGUGGUUCCCCUCCUACGCACAUCAAUUUCCAGCAACAAAAGCGGCGAGGCUCUCGAGGUUCCCGAGAGUCGCUCUCAGGUCCCGACACUCCCACCACCGCCAUGACGAUCACUCGCAAAGAUUCUCCUACUGUUGAGACUCCGGUAGGAGUCAAAGCCAAACGCGGUCGCCUUCGCACCUUCAGUCUCAGUCUGGAAGGAAGUGAACCCGGUUCGAUCAACUCCAGCCUCGACAGCCCCAGUACGCCCAGUGGUUCAUCUGGGAGAAGAGCGCAGUUGAAAAUUCGAUCUAACAGUCAAGCUGGACCUCAAAUUGAGUCUAGCCGGAGGAUGUCCGGGGAUCUCAGUAUACUCGAAUUGUCGCAAAUGGACGAUGAAGCGAACAUGGAGGCAGCAGCGAACCGCCCCAGAAAAUGGUCGUACCACGGGACAGCGUCUCCGAGCACCCCAGUUGACAUGCCCAAACGACACUCGUUCAGUACAGGAUCAGAGCAGCCUCAUGGCAACAGCGGCACUAUGUCAGGAAUAGUUGUGUCAAACUCAGACCUCUUGUCCCUCAUGCAACCGUCUCAACUUCUCGCUCUUCCUGGCCUGGCUGAUUUGAAACAGUUCCGUACGGUCAUGCCUCGAGCUCCUCCCACGGUUCCGAAACCAAGAGGGCGAUCACAGAGUAUUGCCGUGUGUGCAUUGUCAGCUCCUUUGCUUCCCUUGCAAAGUGAGAGCGGAUCUAUCAUCAUCCGCACCACCGACUGUGACCACGAGGCUUCAGUGUUGGCACGGACGGCCACUCUGGAAGACUACCCUGAAGAAAAUGAACAAGAUGGCGCGCAGGACAUGGACGAAGACUUUAAAGACAAACUUGUGUGGGAUUCAGCUGGCUCAACUGUUGACGUGGGGCUCUUAGGAUCUGUCAUUGAGAGUUACCUGAAGAUUUCCUCCGAGGAUGACAACCAAGACUCAAAGAAAGAAGACGGAGCCAAUUUGACGCCAUCUUGCGGCCGUUUGCAAGUCAAAUGACGACCUCCAGGCAGCGACUACAUCAUCGUUAUUGACAGCAGUGGAGAAGAAGCUUCGGACUCGGACGACCAAGAUUAUGAGGAUGAUGCCUCGGGAGUCCUCAGCCCUUAUCAUAUUUCUUGGAAGCCGGUCGCAUUCCCUAACCCUUUUACAAUUAUCACCUCCAUGGUUAAUUGUUUUGUAUACGAUUAUUCUUAAGAAUGAUCGAAAUCUUGUCGUGAUGCACUUUUUUAGGCGAAUAUUUGCGAACAAUUAUUUAUAGUUGAUGUUCGAGCUAAAUUUCAUUCAAUCUCGAUUCGGAACACCAGCGCUCGUUUGGAGGUUUUGUUCGUGAGAUAGAACUAUCUUGAAAAUGAAUAAUAUUUAUUUUGAUCUUAUUCAAGAUGUUUUGCAUUUCCAUGAAUUCUCAUGUCGAUUACAAUCAUAACUGUAACCCUGUCGGUGACGAUGAUGUACGUCGGAAGUCGAUGAUGUCAACAUCAUUUGAAUGUGUCAUCUCCUUGUGGCUUUACUCAUAAAGCUCAGGAAGCACCGAUGUGGCUGUCUGGUUGCGAUGCUAUUUGUCGUAUGACCAAAGAAAUCAAAUGUUUCCCAAGUGGUUCAUGUGUGUUGAACUCAUAACGAUCCCAACGUAUUCGUUCAACGGCUCUUGAUCACGAAUUUGGAGUUAUCACUCAAUCGCGUUACUGUAAGAGCUUCACUGUGUGACUAGCACCCACCGUAAGGUUUCCUCGGCGAUGUUUGACGUCGUUUUGAUUUUCGGAGAUUACAAUUGGAUGGGCAACAUUAAAAUUAUGCUCCUAUACGCGCAUUGGAUUGAUUCAAGUUUUAGGAGAAUCAGCAGGCUAGAUCUUGGUAAAUAAUAGCGAAUAAAGCCAUUUCGAGUAAGUGAUCACGACAUUGCGUUCCAGCAAUGACGACACAAAUUAAUACAUAAAGACUGAUUUAACUAUAAGAAAAAAAUUGUUUUAUUAAAAUGUGCUAAGGUUUUUAAACGUUCCGUGUUAUCACUGAUCUAUAGUUACAUGGCUCCGUGUUUAAAAUAUACGGGUAUGUUCUUCAAUAUUACUGAAAAAAAGUAUAAA